GGUUUUGUUGUUUUUGGACGAGGGCGCAACUUUUGAGCCAAAUUUUAGAUUAUGGCUCCUACAAGUAUCAACAGUGAAACAGUUAUACUAACAGAAGUGGUGCGCCAGCAAUAUGUGCGCUAUUUAGAACGUCAGCUGCAAGAAAACGUCUGCGUCUGGGCAGACACUUCCAGGAACCACCACAAACCAACCGCCUGGGCAUGUAUUGACUAUAGCGUCAAGGCAAUGGAGACACAUGCAAUUAAGGCCUGUCAAGCGGCACCGCUCUAUCAGCGCGCUAUGGUAAAAAUGAUCGCCGCUGUGCGACGCAACACACGGGAGUGCCGUCUGGCUGAUGCACUAUUCGACCAAAUGCAACAGCGAAUACAACAGAUCGACGAAAACUCACCGUCGACAAGAGCAUCAUAUGCGAACACCAAUGCCAAAGCCAAGCACCAGCUGGUCGACAAGGCAACACAAACGACAAGCAUGCCAAAUGACGAGCGGAACGACAGCUAUACAAGCUAUACGCUGUGCCAGAAAAUCGAUAUGUUUCAGUCUCAGCUGGCAGAGCUUGAAGGCAAAGAGAAAGAGCAGCAGUUGGUAGAAGUCAAUGGUAACGAAAGGCCUGUAACACCUACAUCCAGUACAGAAGAUAUCGUAGGCCAGGAACUGGCCAAACUGUUUAACGACGAGCCAACUGACUUAAGCGCCGUAUUUGGUAUUAAUGUAGAAGCCAUGGCAGAUGGAGAUGAUAUGAACGAACACUCCGCUGCGGCAGAGCAGUUGAAGCCCCUAUUAUCGCCUGUUACGCCAUCAACUAAGCCGCCUAGUAAAAGCACUCCGGAUCUUCGAAAUAGUCUGUGGCCCUGCGAAUUGUAUGCACAGCGUCGACGUCUCAAUGCAUGCUUGGUGAAGCUGCUAGAUGCGGAUUGGCGCUGUGAAGACUCUUUACGAUAUAAAUUUCAUAUGCUCUUUGGGGAGGACAGUGACGAUGAGUUCACCACGCAGAUAACUAGUCCCAGCAUCGAUCUGGUGGAUGAGGUGCUGCUGGCCAGCUGCAUAUUACGUAUACGACCCUGGAUCGUGCGGUACUUGAUGCGUCCACUGCAGGAAGGUCUAAUUGCCAAUCGCUUUCUAUUCAAAAAGCUGGCCAAAAUGCUGGCUAACAAUAUUGUGUUGGCGAAUCCAUAUGCCAGCGAACGGCAAGUCAAGCAAGCCGUCGAAUAUGUGUUCUGCAUUCAACCCCGAGGUGUUCAAAGCGCGCUAGAUCUGGAAUUGAUGCCGGCUAUGCUUAUCGAGAGAGUUGAAAGCUAGGCCAUUGGAUGAAUUCGAGCUUAAAUAUGUUUCCAGCUUUAAGUAUUUGUUAAAUAUUCUAUUAGAAUUAUCGACGUAAGGCAUAUAUGUUCAUUUCAAUUAAAACGUUCGGUUUUUCAAAAAUCUCAUAUGCGAAACACAUAUACAGGUAUUAGUGUUCCUAAUUAAGUGUAUUAAAUUCUUC